AUGCCGAUCAACCAGCCCGGAACACAGAUCAAGCUUACGAAUGUGUCGGUGGUCCGGCUCAAGAAGGGCGGGAAGCGAUUCGAGAACAAGGUGUCCGAGUUCCGAUCUAAAGUAGAGACGGACCUGUCGGAGAUCUUGCAGAUUGAGCAGGUGUUUGCCAAUGUCUCGAAAGGACAGGUGGCCAAGAAGGAGGAUUGGGAGAAGGCGUUCAAUACCACCGACCUGAACAAGGCUAUCGAAGAGAUACUACGGAAAGGAGAGCUGCAGGUCAACAACCUCGAACGGACUCAUAACCUACAUGCGCUAUCUCGCGAGAUCGCUACACUCGUAUCAGAAAUGACGGUCGACCCGUCUGUUACCCCGCCUCGGAAACAUACGGUCGGGAUGAUAGAGAAGGCCAUGAGCGAGGUCGGAUACUCGGUCAAGUCGGACAAGGCGGCCAAGGCGCAGGCGCUGGAGCUUAUCAAGAAGCUGGCGGAGGGAGAUAUCCUGCCAAUACGGAGGAUGAGGAUGAGGAUACGCGUGACGAUGCCGGCGAAGGAUGCGAAACGGAUAGGGGAGAAGAUCAAGGCGGAAGGAGAGGUAGAGGAGGAAGAUGCGGGAGAGGAGUGGGAAGUGAUCAUGCAGGUCGAGCCUGGAGCGUUCAAGACACUCAGCGAUCUGAUUUCGAAUGAGACGAAGGGGAAGGGAAGAGUGGAAAGUCUCGCGACGUAG